AUGAAGUAUUCCGAGAUCCUCGUCCACAUCUCCGCUCCUAGCGGAGUCCGGGAUGAUGUCCGAUACCGAGCUCAGGUCGAGGCUAUUCUUGGAUUUCAGAGUCUGUCACGGCAGCUCAUCACCUUUUCGUCCGAUGAGCGUCGAGGGAGCCAUGGUGCACCGGCUACGGGGCAGUCAAUGUCUACGGAUCAACCCGUUGAUGCAGACCCCAGGGGAGAAUCGAAAUGCAUUCAACCGUUUCUUCCUAACUCACAGAGCACGAUUCCCGAUGAAGAUGUGGAAGUGGGACGCUCCAAUGCAGCCAGAUCCACCCCAGGACAUGAGGGACUACCCAACGCUACUGCUGGUUCAACAACACUAACGAUCAAAGACUCGACGAUUCUUCCAGAUUCCGAGGUUGAUAAUGGCCAUCAAAUCAGCCCCGUCUUACUACUUCCUCAGCCGCAAAAUGAGCGCGCUGUAAAAGAUUCGCUCGAGAGUCCGCUCAGUGUCAUACCCGACUCGCAGCCAGAAGCGAUGCGUAGCCAAGCUGAAGGCCGGCUUCGCCCGGUCUCCUAUGUAGCCCUUGGCUCUCCUCCCACCAAACGACAUUGUUCAGGGUUAUCGUCGAUGCUACAGGAAGUUACACCUCUCUCUGACGCUCUCAUACUUGCUCCCAAGCUGAACGAAGAGCGCCACAGAAAUUGCGAGUCGGCUGAUCCUCAUCCUGUUCUGCAGAUCACCCCACAACCAGAUCCCGAGAGACCACCACAAGUAUCCCUUGAUGGUCUUCCACUAGCCAUCAAGCCCUCGCUUCCUCCGGUGUCCAAGGAGCAAUUUGUAACCCAUGUCACCCCCACUCUGGCCAUGUUGACAAGGCGUUUGAAACCAGCACGAACGUAUAAGCCUGUGAAACAAACUAGGGACCUGGAGCAGUUGGAGAGGGGCCAUUGGUACCUUCACAUCAAUAUUGUGCAGCUUGAAAGAGACAGACCCCUUGGUACUCCUGGUCUACAGGAAAAUGAGGCUCGGAACUGGGAUUUAGCCUGCUUCUCCCGCUUCUGGUCUUUUCUGUCGGAUUUCAUCUCUAAGGACGGUCGGGCUGGUUGGGGUGUCUGGUGCAUAUUGGAAGAUGCGCCUGAAACCCUCUGCUCAGAUCCAACCGACCGCCAGAUCAUGCCACAGAGAACGACAGCGCCGAUCAUAUCUGACGGAAAGACUAAUCCCCACAGCUUUGUUCGGCCCGUGAUACUGAAACUCUACGCGUGGGGGGAGAUCGCGCUUCAUAUGUAUCUCCUCCUUUUCUUAGCCAGCGAACGAAGAAUUCGCAAAAUGGGCGCGCAGUGGCGAGACGGUCGCGAUGAAGUAGUCAUUGAGAUGCCCUGA